AUGAUGAAGAAAUUGUUUCAUCUAUUUGGAGCUAUUCAAUUUUUCUAUGGAUGUUACUAUGACUACGUAUAUGUCAAUAUACCAGCAACCCCAACUUCAUUUACACCUUAUGGAGGCAAAUUCAAAUAUUUAACAUACCUAGAUGCGAUGAUACAAACUGCAUAUUUCACCUUGGCGUUCCUCAAUGAUAUUGUUGGAAAUAAUGAGCCAUCACCAUCAGAGAAGCCCCUCAUCAGGAGAUUGAAGGACAGAGUGUUUAGUGCUCUAGCUUUCCCAUUGGCAAUAUUUGUUGGAGUAUCAUUCUGGGCCAUAUAUGCCAUUGAUAGAGAGUUAAUCUUGCCCAGAAGCAUGGAUGCUUACUUUCCACUGUGGCUUAACCAUGUGAUGCAUACAAAUAUAGUUGUGUUCAUAUUGAUAGAGCUCCUAACUUCAUUCAGAAUGUAUCCUAAGAGAAAAGCUGGCCUUACUAUUCUAUCUACUUUUAUGAUUUGCUAUUUAAUUUGGGUACAUGUGAUCUACUUCAACACUGGUAUUUGGGUGUACCCAAUUUUGAGUGUUCUAAACUGGCCACUGAGAGUAGGUUUCUACUUAUUCUGUCUUGCGUUUGCUUGUGGUGCAUACUGUUUAGGAGAAAAAAUCAACAAAGCAGUUUGGUCCACUGAGGUUGAAAAAACAGUAAGAUCUGGAAAGAAAAAGGCUAAAUAA